AUGAUGCCGCUUCCCGGUCCGCCGCAGGGGUCCCCGCAGACGCAGCCUCCGCAGAAGCGCUACGGCAUCUCCUCUCCCGUCAGUUUGGCCGCCCCCAAGGAGACUGACUGCAUCCUGACCCAGAAAUUAAUCGAAACCCUGAAGCCCUUCGGGGUCUUUGAAGAGGAAGAGGAACUGCAGCGCAGGAUUUUAAUUUUGGAAAAAUUAAAUAACCUGGUAAAGGAGUGGAUACGGGAGAUCAGCCAGAGCAGGAGUCUUCCACAGGCUGUAGUUGACAAUGUCGGAGGAAAAAUUUUUACGUUCGGGUCCUACAGAUUAGGAGUACACACGAAAGGCGCCGACAUCGAUGCGCUGUGUGUGGCGCCGCGGCACGUUGACCGAAGCGACUUUUUCACCUCCUUCUAUGAUAAGUUGAAAGUUCAGGAAGAAGUGAAAGAUUUAAGGGCGGUGGAAGAGGCAUUUGUACCAGUUAUCAAACUGUGUUUUAAUGGGAUAGAGAUCGAUAUUUUGUUUGCAAGGUUGGCACUACAGACUAUUCCAGAAGAUUUAGACCUGCGAGAUGACAGUCUGCUUAAAAAUUUAGAUAUUAGGUGCAUCAGAAGUCUUAAUGGUUGCCGGGUGACUGAUGAAAUUUUACAUCUAGUUCCGAACAUUGACAACUUCAGGUUGACUCUGAGAGCUGUCAAACUGUGGGCCAAAUGCCGCAGCAUCUAUUCCAAUAUAUUAGGCUUCCUCGGAGGUGUUUCCUGGGCUAUGCUAGUAGCAAGAACUUGCCAGCUUUAUCCAAAUGCAGUAGCAUCCACUCUUGUCCGGAAGUUUUUUUUGGUGUUUUCUGAAUGGGAAUGGCCCAAUCCAGUACUGUUGAAAGAGCCGGAAGAACGGAAUUUUAAUCUGCCCAUGUGGGACCCAAGGGUAAAUCCCAGUGAUAGGUAUCAUCUUAUGCCUAUAAUUACGCCGGCCUACCCACAGCAGAACUCCACGUAUAAUGUGUCCGUUUCCACGCGGAUGGUCAUGAUUGAGGAAUUUAAACAAGGCCUUGCUCUCACACAUGAGAUUUUGCUGAGCAGGGCAGAGUGGUCCAAGCUUUUUGAGGCUCCCAACUUCUUUCAAAAGUACAAGCAUUAUAUUGUACUUCUAGCAAGUUCACCGACCGAAAAACAACAUCUCGAAUGGGUAGGCUUGGUAGAAUCAAAAAUCCGAAUCCUGGUUGGAAGCCUGGAGAAGAAUGAAUUUAUUACGCUGGCACAUGUGAAUCCCCAGUCAUUUCCAGCACCCAAAGAAAAUCCUGACAAGGAGGAAUUUCGUACCAUGUGGGUGAUUGGGUUAGUGUUAAAGAAACCAGAAAACUCUGAAAUCCUUAGUAUCGAUCUCACCUAUGAUAUUCAGUCUUUCACAGAUACGGUCUAUAGGCAAGCAAUAAACAGCAAGAUGUUUGAAAUGGAUAUGAAAAUUGCUGCCAUGCAUUUAAGAAGAAAGGAGCUUCAUCAACUACUGCCUAAUCAUGUGCUUCAGAAAAAGAAAGCAGAAGGUGUCAGAUUGACAGCUUUGAACGACAACGGCCCCGACGUGACUGUGGACGGCGAUCACGGCAUGCUCAAGCCUCCUCCCAGCGCUGUGAAGACCAGUCCAUUGGCGGGCGGCUCGCAGGGCAGAAACAGUCCUGCCCCAGCCGUGCUGGCAGCACCUGUGACCAGCACCCAGGCCACGGAAGCUUCUGUGCCACAAGUAAAUUCCUGCGAAAGCUCGGGGGUUGCAUUUAGCGAAAGCGUCCCUCAGACUGCUGCACGGCUGGCCAUUUCGCCAUCGCCAGUGCCCAUGGUCGCCAGAGUCAUUUCUUCCACACAUCUGGUGAACCAUCCACCCAGGCCUUCAGGAAACGCAGCGAUAAUACCGAAACCUCUAGUGGGAGUCUAGAGGACAUUCUCACCUCCUAAAGAGGAAGGGACCAAGGAAACCAAAUUAGAAGAGGAACCACUCGGCAAAGAGACGUGUACAACUCAGUUAGUGACGAUUCAGACUGCGGCUUCUCUGUUGGCCUCAACGGAAACAUCCAGGCUGGACUUUUGCUCUAUCCCUCCCUGCUCUCCCUGCAAAUCCUAUUCCUGUUAUCAAGAAUUCAGUAAAACUGAGAUUGAACUGGUAACAACCACUUCAAGGGUCCGUACACAAUAGCUGCCAACUCAGCCUGUAUUCCUCGGAGGCUAAGAGCAGAGCGUGGAGGGCACCAGGCUAGACCUGAUCCAAAGCAGCUGUAGGUUCAUUUGGUAACAUCCCUUACUGGGCUGAUCUUGA